AUGUCUACUCCCAAACAAACCUUUACCGGAUCUUGCCAUUGUGGCUUCAUCAAAUACACCAUUGCCCUCCCCGCCACCACCGAUAAGUCUGACGGCGACGACGACAAGAACAACGACGACCUGGUGGUAUCUCGAUGCAACUGUACCAUCUGCUUCAAACAAGGAUUCACCAGUCUACGUUUCGACGAAAAGGAUUUCAGAUUGGUCUCUCCGAAAUCCGAGGCGGAACUCAAGGACUACCGUUUGCCGUCCGGGAGGGACGUCCACAAGUACUUUUGCGGCACGUGUGGGAUCCACGUCUUCUCGCGAGGGCGGAUCGAGGCCGGAGGCCAGGUCCACGAGUUCUCGACGCUCAACGCCCUGACUCUGGAUCAACCCCAGGAAGGUCUGGACUUGGGCAAGUUCAAGAUCCAAUACUGGGACGGGAGGAACGACAACUGGGCUGGCGGGCUCAAGGAUUCGCCUUGGCCCGGUCAGAUUGUUUGAGAGAGAAAAGCAAAAAAAAAAACAAAGAAGCAAGCAACAAAGGCGAAAAGUACCGAUACAAUUAAACAUUUCCAAAGGCUGUCAAGGUAAAAAAGGACGGGUAAGGGGGAAGGAGGACAAACAAGCAAAAAGGGAGAAGGAAAAAGGAGGAGGUCCGGGGGUUUAUCUUGUGUAAAUCGUUGUCUCUUUUUCAGUGAAACUUGGGCAAUCAUUUUCGGUAAACCGCCGACAGAUAGCAACACGUUGG